CCUCAUCAUACAAUUAUAAAACAAAAAACUCCAUUUUUGAUUUGAAGCCUUUUCAUUUAAUUCAAUUAAAAGUCCAUUCGAGUUUUCUUGAGAAAUCCUUGAAGGUUGUGUCCAUGGCGCAGUUUUAGUGUCAGUACUUUUUAAACCGCCCUGUGACUUCGGGACAGGGAACAAACACACAAAUCUUAAUUACAUACAUACGAAACACAUUUUCCAAAAUUACACUUUCUACCCCCUCUCAACUCCUACACCCAUUUCCUUUUUAAAAGGGUCUUUUCGAGUUUUUAAUCUUUUCUAUGGCUAACAAUCACCACCACCAUUCCCUCAACAUUUCUGCUCCGCCCCACGCCGCCGUCGGUGCCGAUACUGCCUUCGACGACGAUGGCCGCCCCAAGCGAACCGGGACCGUUUGGACGGCAAGUGCUCAUAUUAUAACCGCGGUUAUUGGGUCGGGGGUUUUGUCGUUAGCUUGGGCAACGGCGCAGCUUGGUUGGGUGGCCGGACCCGUCGUGAUGAUGUUGUUUUCGUUUGUGACUUACUAUACUUCUACGCUUCUCGCUGCCUGUUACCGGUCAGGUGACUCCGUUAACGGCAAGAGGAACUAUACUUACAUGGACGCCGUCCGAAAUAACCUCGGUGGGUUUAAGGUGAAGCUGUGUGGGUUGGUUCAAUAUGUUAAUCUUUUUGGAGUAGCGAUUGGAUACACAAUAGCCUCAUCCAUAAGCAUGAUGGCAAUUAAAAGAUCAAACUGCUUCCACAAAAGUGGAGGGAAAAAUCCUUGUCAUAUGAACAGCAAUCCGUAUAUGAUUUCAUUUGGAAUUAUGGAAAUUUUCUUGUCACAAAUUCCGGAUUUUGAUCAAUUAUGGUGGCUCUCCAUUGUUGCUGCUGUUAUGUCUUUUACUUACUCCAUAAUUGGUCUUAUUCUUGGAAUCAUUCAAGUUGCAGACAAUGGAAAAUUCAAGGGGAGUUUAACAGGAGUUAGUAUUGGUAGUGUCACUGAGUCUCAAAAAAUAUGGAGGAGCUUCCAAGCCCUUGGCGACAUGGCUUUUGCUUACUCUUUCUCCAUUAUCCUCAUUGAAAUUCAGGACACAAUCAAAGCCCCUCCAUCAGAAGCCAAAACAAUGAAGAAAGCCACUUUUCUAAGUGUAGCAGUGACCACAAUUUUCUACAUGCUUUGUGGCUGUAUGGGAUAUGCAGCCUUUGGCGACCUUGCUCCUGGCAACCUCCUCACUGGUUUCGGCUUCUACAACCCAUAUUGGCUUCUCGACAUAGCCAAUGUAGCCAUUGUAGUCCAUCUCGUCGGUGCAUACCAAGUCUUUUGUCAACCCCUCUUCGCCUUCAUCGAGAAAUACGCAUCAAACCGGUUCCCAGAUAGCCAAUUCAUCAACGAAGACAUCAACAUCCCAAUCCCUGGCUUUCGCCCCUUCAAACUCAACCUCUUUAGGCUAGUUUGGAGGACAAUCUUCGUGAUCAUCACCACCCUUGUCUCGAUGCUCCUCCCAUUCUUCAACGACAUCGUCGGACUUCUCGGAGCCUUGGGAUUUUGGCCUCUCACUGUCUAUUUCCCUGUUGAAAUGUACAUUGCACAGAAGAAAAUCCCAAAAUGGAGCACAAGAUGGAUUAGCCUCCAAAUUCUUAGCAUGGCUUGCCUUAUAAUUACCAUUGCAGCAGCAGCUGGAUCGGUAGCUGGAGUCAUUCAAGAUUCUAAGUCAAUUAAGCCAUUUCAAACUACCUAUUAAUUCUAUUGAAAAGUUUACCUUGGUUAUUAAUAUUAUUACCGUUUGCUCUGCUGCAAGAACGAAGAACAAGAACAAGAACAACUGCCACCCAGUUAUGCAAUUGCUACUGUCGAUCUGUUUUAAAUUUGAGUAACUUUUGUAAUGGUUUAGUUUAUCCAUUGUUUUUAACUGUUGUUGUUGAGUAAGUAGUAAAAGUAAAGUAAUUAAGGACCCCAUGAAAGGAGAGUUCUGUAAAUUGUGAAUCUAAAAGAUCCAUAAGUUUCAGUCCCAAGAUUGUAACUUUGCCUAUUUUCUUGAGGAAGUUAAGAGUAUUUAUAUGGAAAGUUUCAUCUUUUAAGAA